UUCAACAGGUCCACUUCAUAUCCUCCGCGCAAAAGCAGAAUCUGUUUAUAAUUUAGUCCCCUGGGCGUCCAAAAGUGCUGCUCUAAAUACGUCUUGUCUGCCUCUGAAAUUAUCCAGAGCUCCAUUCACCUUUAGCAGUGACUGAGAAAUCCUCCCAAACCGGAUUCAGCUCAUUAGUUGACGCUCUCCACCCGCACUUCCUCGUCCUUCCGAGGGAUGACGCUAGAAUCAAAAGGCAAAUUCAAAAUUGGGGGGUCUCCAGCUCUGCCUGAGUCACAUGGAAGCACAGUAUAGCUGAGCCGAGGGGAUGCGAGUACAGAUGGAGGGGGCUUGAGGGACUGUGGAGGAAAACCUGGCACUUGGAGAUAAUAUUGGUGAUACAGCGGCGGCGGCGACAGCAGCAGCAGCAGCAGCAGCAGGAAGGCAGGUCAGACUCUUCCCAGCCUGCCGUCUGGCUGGGAAGCAGAGGAGCGCGGACAGGGCGCACAAGGGGGUCAGUGGGCGCUCAAAGGAUGUCACAUGCACUAUGCUGCAUGCGUGUUUUGUGAAGCCCCGGAAAGCCAAGUUAUCGCCUUUGAUCGAUUAUGCUCGCGAGGAGCGCCCGGUCCGUGUGGAAGCAGAAGGAAGCGACCAGGGUUGAUGCUGCGCCUCCCAAAAUCUCUGAGCUGAAUCCCAGUGAGACCGUGGCACUUCCCUGCGUGCAUGAGUUGUAAGGGUGCAAGUGUGAGUGUGUGAGAGCAAGUGAGCGCCAGCGCUCCCACAUGGCCUCCAUGCAGGACGGGCUGAACUUCACGGCUCCUCCCUACGGCAAGGUCCUGCUGCUGGGUGCUAUUGCUGCUGCCUCAGCCUUUGUUGUCACGAUCCUCAUCGUGGUGCUCUGCGUGGGCUGCCAGAGGAAGGGGAAGACACACAAUGUUCCCGGCGAGGGCGGAAAGCAUCGUCUCAUGGACAUGGGUAUACUCAGGCAGUCGAAGCUGCGGUCCAUCAGUAAAUCAGACACAGAGAUGAACAAGAUGAACUGCAAUGGCAAAAAGCCAUCUAAAAAGAAACGUCCAGCCAGCAUGGACCUUCUGCUGCUGCUCAGCUGCCGGUCUAACUCUGACCUUCGUUCUCAAGGCAGGCAGCUUCCCCAGAUCCCCUCUGGGACUGGAGAGGAUGGAGAGCACACUUACUCUGAAGUGGGCAGACGCUCUUCCACCACACGUACUGACGAUGCCCUGUACGCCAUGGUAGGCAGGGCUGGGCAGACAGACACUCCGGCCCCUCCGGCCGUCCCUGCCAACACCCCGGCUCCCCCAGACCCAGACGGGGAUGUGGAAGGAGGGCUGCCUGAACCCGAGGCCCAGGUCAUGUCUCCCCCUCACCCUCCGGAGACGGCCGAGUACGCCUGCGUCAGGAAGCUGAGAAAGGCCGACAAAGCGCCUCAGAAGAGGGACAGCGGGACGGAUAUGGGGGAGCCGCCGGCGCCACCUCCACGACAUGCCCCACCAUCACAUCCUGCCCCUCCCCCACCACACCCUCACAGCACAAAGUUGCCCCGUAGAAACGUGGAUGCCUUCAACGUCCCGUCAUUCCCAAAGGAAGUGAUGUUUAUGGGCAACGGAGAGCAGUACAUCUGGAAGCCUCCAGAGGAUGAGGAGAUGCUCAUGCACCAAAAUAAAGCGCUGGUACCACUGGCCCCUCACACGGUGGAGAACAUACAGCCGUCCGCUGCCGUGGUGGCUGAGAUGUACUCAAAGGUGUGUAAACCGGGAAAGAAGAAGAGAGCUGUGCCGGGGUCUCCUCCAGCCAACCCUGGCUUCCGGACCUUGGGUCGUGGUGAUCGGGAUCGAGACCGAGAUGGGGGGUUUAGUGUAGUAGUCAAACCCCAGACGUGGUCCCUUCAGGAGGGCAAAGCAGUUGGUGGGGUCCUUGACGAUCACUGCUAUGAGUCCAUCGGGACAGAGGAGUGCGAUCCGGCCUAUGAGAACCUGGAAGGCGGAGGCGCAUGGAAGCGAGAGAGGCCCCCCAACACGUGUGCCACCCUGCGGCCGAGGAGGAAGAAAGCCCAGCAGCCCUUGCAGCAGCAGCAGCCCCCUCCGCCGCCACCGACGCAGCAGACCCCCAAGUUACAGCACCUGCCAGCCAAAGCCCUGCUGCUGCCAGGCGAGAACCUGUACGAGAGCAUCGGCGACCUGAAGCAGGGCUCUGCCACCUCCAGCACCACCACCAUCUUUACUUUCAAUGACGGCAUGGAGAUGUAUGUAACAGGGCUCUGAGGUGGCGGCUGCACUGUGAUCCCUAUCCUUCCAACACAAGGAGCUGAGCUAACACCACAAGGAGUGACGGCUGAGCCCCUGUCAUGCUCACCCACACAUACUGUUUACAUUUAAGUCAUAACAUCAAGCCUUUCGCGGGCCCCAGAGGCCUUGGGGCAGUAAUGUUGAUCUGUUAUGACCUGGGCUGAAUACAAAGUCCAAUCUAUAAACCUUAUAAAGAAUCCAAAGGUAGUGAAUAAUAUGAGCACAAGACCAUUGCAGAGCAAUCUGUAGGUAACAGUAGCACUUCUAUUGUACUGAUACACAUGUGCAAAGCACAAUAAAGUAAAAAGCCUAAAUUGUUCCUCAAUUCUAGCGGGUAAAGAAGAGUUGUUUACUUGGUCCUGGCAGGACUUGUAGGCACAGCAUUGCGUGAAAUCUUUUGGUAGCACUUAGUCUGUCAUGAGCAGGCCUUCCCUGUAGUUGGUCAAGAUGUGAUUCAGGACGGAAUUUAAAUGAUUUAAAGGAAUGAAUUACUAAUCAAAAUACUUGAAAGCUCAGGGACCAAUAGAAUCAAUUAUGAGAGUAUUAUAACAAAAAUUGCACACAUUUUCCAUUGCUCCUAAACGCUUUGACUAAUUUAGAGCAUCACCAUCGUAUUUAAAAACCAACCGGACGCUUCCCUGUGUCACGUUUCAUCUUACAUGGACUGAACACUGUCUCCACUGCCGUCUGUAAAUGAAGUGUUUUACUUUGUCGAUCCUGUUUCCGCACUUUGCCUGCUACAAGUUGCAUGCUAGAAAAGAAAAGUGUUAAAAAAAAAAACAACAAAAAAACAAACUAACAAAAAAUCAAGCACUGUCACGUGGUACCUCUAUAUGAAUGUUUUUUUUUUCUAUUGUCGUUGGUUGUUAUUUAUUUAUUUAUUUAUUUAUUUUAGUGUGUUGCUUUAUUUCUGUAGCGCACAAAGCCAGUUAGAUUAAGGACGUCUUUGGGCUCGGUGGGACUUUGUGCAGCAUCCUCGGCCUGCCACACACACACACAGUAUGUACGGAUGAAUCAAGACUAAAGAGAACUGCUCGAGUCCUAAAGGUGGAGACAGUCCACUCAACCCAUCCACCUCUGAUCCACACACACACACACACACACACACACACGUCUCUGCUCAGUCUUCACUCAUACCUGUGGACCCUUCAUCUACAUAGUCCCUGCCUUGUGCUCAUAUGAAUCUGCUUGGGUUUCACCAUAGUGCAGCUUGGAAAGCUACAGUAGAACUGAUGUGUAUUAGCAAGCGUCAUGUCUCAUCGUCACAUCCGUCGAUGAACACACUCUCUCUCUCUCUCUCAUUCUCUCUCUAUUCUCUCUGUUAUCAGUGUUAAAAAUAUUGCAGAAAUGACAAAAAUGUGAAGCAAACGGUUCGCUAAGCGGCAGAGCGUCAGCCUGAAGAAAACCCGCUCGAAAUGACAUCCACAUCCUGGACAAUAAAAACGACUCCAUUUGACCAAAUAUCCCCAACAAACAAUGUGAUUAUACUGUAUGUUGAUGCAACGUGUAUGUACAUUACAAAAGAGAAAGAAUAAUAAAUAUAUCAUCAGUGUCAAGAAAUCUAUCUUUUUCUAUCAUGUUUAAUUGUGUUUUGGAAUGACUUAUCUUGUGACACAAACUGCAAAACAGCUGCAAUGUAAAUUUCAGUGUAUUCUGUUUGUUGUUUUUGAAGCCAUGAAGCUAUGGUGUGUUCUUGGAAAGCCCAGCUAAGUUAAAUGUGGCAGCUAACGUUGUGUGUUUGCUAUUCAGACUACAGGGUCUUGUACUCAGAAGCGUGUAAUUAAGUGCUAAGUGCAAAAGAUUGUAAUGUUUUAUAUCAAGAUUACUAUUCAUGAAAUGUCAGUCAAGUUUAUACUUUUGUAAUAA